AUGUUCAACUGGCAGAACGAAUAUAUGGAGUUACUGGUGGUAGUAACACAAAUCACUCCAUCUGCAAUGUCAAUGGUACCAAUUGUCAGAAAAUCAAUGGAUCACAGAAAAUACAAAGGCAGAAAUCUUGGUUCCUUCAUCCUCUUUCUGCUUCCUCUUCAUCAAUCUCUCCUCGAGAGCGGAAUGGAUCUAGAGAUGGUUGGAUCGCCAUUUUUGUGGGUGAGCAUUACGUCCAAGGGGGAGCUUGUAAAUUACUGGGAUCUGGACGGUGGACUCGAUUUUACAGAUGAUUUACUGAUGGACUCGGAGAAGUUGGGUUUUUUGGAGAAUGAGUUGAUUCAGCUGAAUGUGAGUUUCAUGGGCAAAUUCCCCAUGGUAGUGGAGGAAAAUUUGGGAUCUUUCGGGUUCGGGAAGGUGCCAAGUUCUGAGGAGAGGAUUAUCAGAAUGGGUGUGGCUCACCGCCUAACCGGUUGA